AAUAUUUAAAUACUUGCAUUUUUUUUACUAUGCAGAUAAAAUACUGAAUUUUCUGCUGUUUCUCCAGGUUAUGUUUGUAACCAGUUAACUUCCUGCUUGUGUCUAAGUUGAUUUCCUGAUGAGGGCAGCAGAGUGCCUUGGUGUUGCACAAAAUGUCACGUGACCCUUUGGGCCUAAAGCACAGGACAUGAGUGUGUUGACAAAAAUGUUGUAGCGCUCUGCUUUCAUAUCCCUUUCUUCAUCUCUCUCCACAUCUCACUUAAGUCUGUCUUCCUUUUUCUUGGUUUUCUUGGUUUUCUGAACCUCCUGCAGCCUGCAUCCGUUAGUUUGUAUCAGUAAGUCAUGGCAAAGACUCCUGGUUCCCCAAGUCGUGGCAGCCUGAGUCCUGAGAGGAUUCUGAGAGAGAUCCAGAUCAACUUACUGGAGUGUAAAGUCUGCUUCGAGAAGUUCAGCACUCAGCAGAGGGAGCACAGACCACAGACUCUUUCCUGUGGCCAUGUACUUUGCAGAGAAUGCAUCACGGCUCUGUCACACCCUCUCCUGAGGAAGCUGGAGUGCCCGUUCUGUCGACAGCUGUGCAGCAUUGACAGCACCUCCCACUGCCUGGUUCUUACUGACCUGCAGGAGCUGUUGUUGUCCUAUGCUCCUCCUCACAGGCCAAAAGGAGGCCUUGGCUUAGCCACAAGUCUGACAUCCGCAGCUCUGCACCUCUGUGCAGCUUUUGGUGGGUGGGGGACUCUUAUCAACCCAACUGGGAUAGCUGUUUUAGGCUCUUCAGGGACGAUGGUAGUGGUGCAUGAUGCAGAGAAGCCAGUGGUGGUGUUCAGCUCACAGGGCAAGAAGCUGCAGAGUUUUGGGCAAAAAGGACGAGCCAGUGAGGAGAUCUGUUACCCGGUGGAUGUGGCAGUGACUCCCUGUGGUUAUGUGGUGGUGACUGAUGCAGGCGAUAAAGCUGUGAAGGUUUUCACGUCCAGGGGGAAGCAUGUAUCGACGGUCAAAAAUUCUUUCAAGAUGCCCUGGGGUGUAGACACAAACAGCUGUGGGCACAUCCUGGUAUCGGACGUCCAGGCUGGCACACUGUCCCAGGUAAAAGUGGACUAUGCUCAUGGUCUCCUUCAGGAGCAUCAAACAGCCAUUUCAGACCUCCAGCAUCCAAAAGCAGUGGCGUGCUGUCAGGUAACUGGGAACAUAGCAGUGAUGGAGUAUUUACCUCAUGACACACAUCCACAAGGGGGGCAACAACACACAAGGCUGAGAGUGUUUUCAAAAGACUUCCACCUCCUUUAUCAGACCGACAGUUUCAGCCUGACCCUGCAGUCCAUGGUGAAGCUAAACAUGUCAGGCGUGACCUUUGGCAGAGAUGGAGAUGUGAUUGUGAUUGACUCCAAUCAGGGGAUGAUUUGGAGUUUGGGGAAGCUUCAGAAUGGCCCAGCCCUCACUCCUCUGGUGGGAGACCACCUUGUCCGACCGACUGGACUGGUGUCACUGAACAACAUGCUGGUCGUUUUGGACAGCGGAGACCACACAGUGAAGAUUUAUUCUGCUAAAGCUGAUGCAGGGCCCAUCAUAUAGCUCAUGUACGAACAGGCCUAGAAUAUGUGGAAACUAUGUAGCUUAUCAUAUUAUAAAGUGAUGAAAUGAUCUGGCAAUACAAGUUUUUAUCAAUGUACUGAAAAAAACAUUAAAAAUGAUAAAUGUGAAUAUAAUAAAAUAAGUAAA